AUGUUACCAGUAGAUAACAGACUUCGAAACUUACAGAUCUACAAACUUCUCCAGUGUGUUCACCAGAAGGACAAGAAGCAAAUAGAAAAGCUGAUUCAGAAUGGAUUUCCAAACCUCAUCAAUUUCACCGAGCCUAUGGAUGGACACAGUGCUCUUUCUUUGGCUUGCAUUAAGAACGACAUCGACAUGUGCAGUUUCUUGCUACAGCAGGGAGCUCAUCCUGAUGUUCAGGACAAAAUGGGACGAACUCCAGCAAUGAAGGCAGCUGAGCUAGGCCAUAGCUUGGUUCUGGAAUUACUAGCAAAAACUAAAGCAGACAUGACUGUUGUUGAUAAUGAAGGAAAAGGUGUUUUGUUUUACUGUAUUUUACCUACUAGACGGCACUAUCACUGCACUCAAAUUGCCCUGGAUUAUGGUGCAGAUAUUAACAACUGUACUACUGAUGGGAAGCCUGUAUUUCUGCAAGCCUGUGAGCAAGCUCAUGAUAUUAAAGAAAUCUGUCUGAAUUUCUUGGAAAGAGGAGCAAAUCCCAAUGCAAGAGACCCAGUUACAGGUCGCACUGCCAUAAUGGAAGCAGCAAGAGAAGGUGCUCUUGAGGUGGUGCGUGGUAUACUUGAGAGAGGAGGUGAUGUUAACCGAUUUGACAAUGAAAGGCACAAUGCUGCACAUUUUGCAGCCAAAGGAGGCUUCUUUGAGGUCUUGAGGAUUAUUUCAGCUUAUAAUGGAGACUUGGGACUGAUUGCCAUGAAUGGUAACACACCCCUCCAUUAUGCUGCAGAGGGAGGAUUUGCAAAUUGCUGCAAGUUUAUAGGACAAAGAGGCUGUGAUCCUACAUGGACAAACUUGUUAACUAAGACUCCGAGAGCCGUUGCCAAGGAAGGAGGUUUUAAAGCAGCAACAACAGAAUUGCGUAAAAUUGAAAAGAACUUUAUAAAGCAGUCCAAGCCUGAAGCUAAGGAAAACAACCCUCUCUGGGCACUGAGGCUAUAUGAUUGGUCCUUAGAGCACCAGACUGCCCUCCUCCAGGCAUUUGAGGCUGUCGACCAAGGAGAUGGGACUGUAGCCAAAGAUGAUUUCAUAUCAGUUAUUCAGAAGCAGUGUUCCUUCGUGGACACUGAACAAAUACAAACUAUUGCUGAAGCACACGAAAAAUCUGACUCUGAAGGAAUAAACAUCGAAGAAUUUUUUAAAGGUUUUAAAUACUUGCAGAAAAGCUGUCUGAUAACAUCCUUUGGACCCAAAAGGAAGAAAGGAAAGAAAGGGAAGAAACGAAGAGGCAAAAAGAGCAUUGCUGUCCCCAUGCCAAUUUGUGUUAUUCCAAAGAGUGCAUGUCAGCUUAGGGAAGAUGGCAUCCCUGUAUACAUGAUUGAGGCUGUUCAAAGCACUGCUGAUAGCUACCACAUUAACCAAGACCACCCAUCUGCCCAUCCUGUGCACGAUGACCGUGCCUGGUACACAGAUGAACCAAGGAAAAUAUACAUGAAUAUUAACUUCCUGGUCAGAGCAGGAGAUAUUCUAUCUCUACAGAAAGCUUUUGAGGAGGGUGUGCCAGUAGACAUAAAAGAUAAGUAUUACAAAACACCUUUGAUGACUGCAUGCACAAGUGGGAACAUAGAUGUUGUGCAGUAUCUCCUGGAAAAGGGGGCGGAUGUAAAUGCAACAGACAAUUUCAUGUGGACUCCCCUCCAUCAUGCCUGCUAUAAUGGACACCUAGAUAUUGCUGAACUGAUGGUAAAAGCUGGAGGAGCAAUAGAUGCACCUGCAGUAGGCAAUGCAACACCGCUAAUGAGAGCCAUAGAAAUUUGUAGAUUGGACAUAGUACAUUUUUUAAUCAAUGCAGGUGCUGAUAUCCAAACAACAAACAGCAACGGAAAAAAUGCUCUUGAUAUUGCUAAGGUAUUUGCAGAUUCUAGAAUAAUUGACCUGCUUCAAAAUAAACUGGACAAUUUGCCAGAGAAAAAAGGAGCAGAGAAAGGAAAUGUUGCAAAGCCAAAGAUGCCUUCUACACAAACUCCUGCAGAAGUACAAGAUGUGAAAAAAGAGACAUCACAUACAUCUCUGCCACCUGUAGAAAAACCCCACCUUGAGAAACCAGCACAGGACAGUGUUGUUUAUCUGAACUCUCUGAUAAGCAGUGGUGCUACUAAGAAAGAUGACAUUGCAUUCAAACCCAGAAAAAUUUGGACCCCUGAUGCUGCAACAAAGGAGCUGGUAAGAAAGCAAGAAUUGCUCCUGGAGCGAUCUACUCUUGGUGGGGACUCAGAAAACUUUGAGAGCCCCUUUAAGAGGAAAGUUACAGAAUAA